AUGGCAAGCGAUGCAAAGCAAUUGAAGUCAUGUUUAACAAAAAUUAUUGGCUCUGUUGAAACAUGUCUUCAGAAAUUAACAUCAAUUGCAAGGCAACAACAAACUGAUGUAAAAGCAGAUUAUCUUUUACAAAACUCUCAAUUAAAUAAUAAUAUUUAUACAUUCGCAUUAAGUAACGAAGAAAAUGAACUACUCGACACAUUGACAUAUGAUAUUCAAACUAUUCUUAAUCAAUAUCUUCCAAACUUAUCAGAAAUAUGUUCGAAUUAUCUAUUCAAUUUUUUUCAUACAUAUCAUUAUGAUCGUAAACGAAAAGAAUUUACAUCAUCCUUAGUAAUGGGCGCAUUACAUUCAUUUCAUCGUGAGUUACAAGGUUUAUUAGCUUCAUUAGAAGCUUUUCCAGCUGCAUUCAAUGGUCAAUUAGAUAUAGUGAAAAAAUUUAUUAAAGAAUAUCCAACAUUUAAAGAUAAACCAGGAUUGUGGGAAACAACAUUAUUGUUUUCAGCAGCACGAAACAAUCAUUUAGAUAUCGUUAAAUACUUGAUUGAAGAAGCGCAUUGUUCUGUCAAUGCUCAAAAUCUACGUGACGUUAAUUUUGCAUUAAGGACUCCUGGAAAAGCUUUCACUCCUCGACCAACAGCAGCAUCUACAGCUCUUCAUGGGGCUUGUUUUUACAAUCAUUUGAAUAUUGUCAAAUAUUUAAUUAAACAUGGUGCUGAUUAUUUCAUUCAAAAUCAGGGAAAUGAAACUCCAAUGAAUAAUGGAGAACAACAUUCUGAUAUAAAAACUUUUUUUCGAGAUUAUCUUAUCAUGAGUUACUCUAUUGCAUCUUCAGAACGCUUACCUAAUCAACCUAUUAUGGAUGAUGAUCAACGUCCAAUACAAGAUUGUAUGUGGGAAUAUAAACCUUUUCAAGAUUCUAAAUGGUAUAAAUUUACAGCAACAGAAGCGACAUUUUUACACAAAGCUUUAUUACCAUCAGAAAAAUUUCAAGAAAAAGUUUAUUUGAAAGUAACGAAAGGUUUAUAUAGCGUAUCAACCAUAGAAUUUUUACGAUCAGGAAAGCAUGAACAAGAUCCACAAAAAAAUGUGGCAUGGGUUCGAUGUCGUGGUUCUAGUAUUUUAAAUUUUGAUUGUUAUUCGAUCUGGCAAAUAAUGUUAAUUCAGUAUCCAAAAGUAAACAAAAGUACAGAGACUAUUCCAUUGUUAAAAAUACAAAACUUUCCAGUUGUGCAUAGCAGUCAUUUUAAACUUCAAUUAAAUACUUGGUAUAGUUGUGAUGAUAAAACAAGUUCAUUAUUAGAUAAUGCUAUGAAUUAUAGACGAAAAAUUAUUUCAAUUAAUAUUCCUUAUGUUGGUGAUAACUUGGUAUUCAAUUUACAAACAUUUGAGUUUUCAGAUAAUGGAAAUACAAUUGUUGGGUAUAUUCGAUGGAUUCCAAAACUUAUAUCUAGCACUGCAAGCAAAGAACAUAAACUUGUAUAUGUUGAUAAUUACCAAUCCAUGGCUAAUAUUCAACCGAUUCCUUUAACUACGAAGUGUUGGAAACUUUUUCAGGAGACAUAUGCUGAUGAAAAACAAGCGAACAACUUAGCAAAUCAAGCAGAUAAUGAGGAUGAUGAGAGUGGCUUACAGAUGGCAACAACAUUUUAA